AUGGAGGGUGCUGUCCAGCAAGUGAUUGGCACCGGAAGCACCGGUCACACCACCACGGCGAACAAACAGAAUAUCAUGAUGAAUCGUCCGGAAGGCAUCGCGGUGCAUAGCUCUACUGUCUUCGUGUCUGACACCAUGAAUCAUCGCAUCAUCAUGGUGCCAAUCUUGGAGUACGAGCCUCUGGGUUGCUACAAGGAGGUGACGAUCGAAGGUGAAAGCACCUUGAUCCCCAGCUUGGAAGGGGACUUGGAGGCAGGCCUCGUACCAGCACAGGUUUGUCGUGAUGAAGUCUUAGAUGUUGCAGAUGCGGUUGCCCGCUGUGCACGUGCCACCAUACGGAAGGGAUGGGAGGUCUUUGCGGUCCGCUGCGGUGGUGUUCGGUUGCUCAGUGAGGUUUGCGCCAGUGCCAUCGACGCGGACAACUGGUACCGCUUCAACGGCUGGUCCACCCUCUGCGAAAAGGGACGCGGUGGGCUCACAGCCAACAGCGUCUAUCGCAUCAUCAAGGAACAUGCCAAGGAUUUGAUUGGCAACUUCUACAUCAUCGCCGGCCAAGCCCUCACAACUGAGACUGGAGAAGCUGCAGAGAAGCCGCGCGCGGGGUUCUUUGGCCGGGUGGCCCAGGUGGUGCUGGCUCGUGAUCGUCUGGCGAGUUGGCUGACUGCCAUGGAUGAGCCAUCCCAAAUGGCCGCCAGCGAGAUCACGCGCAACCUCUUCUUUGGGGAUCGCGGCAACAAGCGCGUGCGCGUGAUUUUUGGCUCCCUGGGACCUCAGCCACAAACGCAGCAAUUCUACUGCACCAACGGCUUGGAAUGUGUGCUGAACGUCAACGGCAACGGCUUCUCGGAGAAGGACCACAUCGCCUUUUCGAGGGAUUACUUCACCAGUGCUGUGGUCUGCGGCCAAGAUCGCCUGGAAGAUCAGUUUCCUCAGGAGGUGACCAAUAUUGCCCUUCGUCAGGAACUUCAAUCUGGGCCGUAUCAGUUUGCCAGCUGUUGGACAGCCAUGGGUUGCGCCGCGGUGCGGCGCAACGUCGUCAGCUACAACGCGUUGAUCGGAUGCGGCGUGGAAUGGCAGGUGGCCCUACAUUUCUUCCACGAAAUGCUGCUCCUGUCUGUGACUCCCACGGUGGUCACCUUCACAUCGCUCAUCACGUGUGGCAAAGCUCAGUGGCUGGCGUUGCAAUGUAUGGAGGAGAUGGCAGGUCAUGCAGUGACUCCCAACGUCAUCAGCUACAACGCUGCAAUCAGCUCCUGCGAGUGGCAAAUGGCCGUUCACCUUUUCGAUUGCAUGGAAACUGACCGCAUUGAGCCCAACGUCAUCACCUUCAGCAGUUUGAUGACUUCCUGUGGCAAUGGUGGCAGCUGGCAGAUCGCCCUGCAGUUGACUGAAGCGCUGGAGAGCAGGUUGUUGCUUCCCAACGUUGUCACCUACACCGCAGCCAUGGCCGCCUUCGACAAAUCCUCCCAGUGGCAACGGGCGCUGGCGAUCUUCGACGCAGAGAAGUUGGGGUGCAACGAGCGGAGCUGCAGCGCCGCCAUGUCUGCUUGUAGCAGAGGAUCCCAGUGGCAGAUGGCAUUGGAAAUCUGGAGGGACUACGGUGAUGCUGAUGUCAUCAGCUACAACACCUGUAUGACUGCGUUGGAACGCGGUCAGCAGUGGGAGAUGGCUCUAGAACUCUUUCGGGAGAUGCAGGUCAUGCGGAGAACGCCUCGGAGCUCCAGCUACAAUGCCGCCAUGGCGGCAUGUGCGCAGGGUUCCAACUGGCAGUUGGCCAUCCAACUCUGUAGUGAUAUGAGGAAGAAUUUGCUGAAGGAAGAUGUGAUCACGUUCAAUGCCAUGAUCAAUUCCUGCGAGAAAUCCUCGCAAUGGGACAUGGCUUUAGCCGUUCUUCAUCAAAUUGACGACCGUUUUUUGGAUCCAAAUCUCAUCAGUUAUAGCUCCACCAUCAGUUCCUGCGAGAAGUCCGGACAUCGGUGGCAUCUGGCAUUGCAGCUCUUUCAAGACAUGCUUUCGGACGUGAUCACUCCAGAUGUGGUGUGCUACAAUUCUGUGAUCAGUGCUUGUGAGAAGGGCAUGCAAUGGCAGACGGCUCUGCACUUCUUCGAUGAAAUGCGUGCUUUCCAUGUCCCCAACGUCGUCACCUAUAGUGCCCUGAUCAGUUCCUGCGAGAAGGCCUUCCAGUGGGAGGUGGCCUUGGAUGUCUUCCAAGAGAUGAAGGCUGCAGAGGUGAUGCCGAAUGUUGUGACUUUUGGUGCCAUCAUCAGUUCUUGUGAAAAAGGCUUGCAAUGGGCAGCAGCCUUGUACCUUUUUCAUGAGAUGAGUCGAAUUCAGAUCGCUCCAAAUCACAUCAGCUACAAUGCCGCCAUCAGUUCUUGUGAAAAAGGACUGCAAUGGCAACUGGCUCUCCAUCUGUUUCAUGCGAUGCAGUUGCUCCAUCCCAACGUGGUGAGCUUCAACGCCCUGCUGAGCGCCACCGAAAAAUCCUCGGCGUGGCAACAGACGCUGCGGAUCUUCGGGGAUCGACGCCGACACCGGAAACGAAGCGACGUCGACGUCGACGUGAUCAGUUUCAACGCGGCCUUGGGAGCCUGCUGCAAGGGAAGACAAUGGCAGUUGGCAUUGAAGUUGUUUCACCAGAUUUCAGAACUGGCAGAGACACCGAACGCCAUUUCUUACAGUUCCGCCAUCGGGUCAUGUGAACUGUCGCCACAUGGUCAAGCUCGCCUUGGCCGCUGGCCUGUUCUGACGGAUGGUGGUGGUGGAAAGGGCGGAAAAAAAAAACGGUUCAUCGUGUGCUACUGCAUCGGCAAUGCCGGAACCGUCAGCCCGGCCGUGGGCAAGGAAUGCGACGUGACGCAGGACUUCGAAUUCAAAGCCGGACGCUUGCACGUGGUUGGCCCCAAUGCGCGGAGCACCUUUUACGCUUUGGCCGGGGUCCCCUUCGACCUGGCCCUCUUUGGCUCCGCCUUCCGCACCACGGAUCGCAUCCGUCUGAUCCGCCUCAAUGAAACCUGUGGUGCUGGAGGUUCUACAUCCGUGGAUGACAUGCUGCCGUUUAUACGCGUGGCGGGCAACGCCUCGUUGAAAGCGGGCAUUGGACCCUGGGACGAGGGAUCUGAGACCUAUCAGGUGUGGCUGGAUCUUAGCAUCGACGAGGCGGCGGAGCUGAAAGUCUGUUGGUGCAACGAAGCACCCUGUCCCUUCGAUUCGUUCUUCCAAGUGGAAGCGAUGUACCUCAGCGUUCGGGGACCGGAGCAGAAGUCGCAAGUGGUGGAGUACGGUCAGCCCUUUGAUCUCCUGAUGGAAGGCCAAAUGGGCAGGAAGCCGGAAUUUGAGGGACCAAAAGGAGAUCAUGUUCUUACAUGUUUUCAUAGAUGUUGGUUUGAAAUAGCUUUGAAAUAUAUUAAAUAUAAAUAUAUAUCCCAUAGGAUCAUUAACCAUUAUUAA